AUGAUUGCCCAGCGCAGUGUCCUCCGCCUCGCCCAGCGUUCCACUCCGGUUCGCUCUGCCAUCCAGCGCCGCUUCAACAGCACUGACAAGCUGCCCUCCUGGGCAGUCGACAACGAGUUCAACCGCGAGCGAGCUGCUGUCAAGCACCAUGCGGCUUCCACCAGCAGUCUUUGGCUCAAGCUUUCCAUCUUUGCCGUUAUUCCCUGCUUGAUUGGCGGUGGCUACAACGCCUAUGUCCAGUGGAACGAGCACUGGGAGCACUGGGAGCACAUGCCUCCUCUUGAGGAACGCACCGAGUACCCCUACCAGAACAUCCGCACCAAGAACUUCCCUUGGGGAGACGGUGACAAGGUCACUGGAACUCCAAUGUCAACUACCACAACAAGGACAAGACCGCCUAAGUGAUUUUUCGUGAGUUAGGACUACGCCAACCCGAAAUACGAGACAUGUACAAUUAUACAGGAAGGAGGGCGAAUCCGGAACAUAUAGUCACAAGGCUCUGUUGGCGAAGCAGUUACCCAUCGGCUAUUACUAUGCUUCUUUGAGUUUCCUUUGUAUGCCACAAGCUCAUCCGCCGUUUUGAUUGAUUAUAAACAAGAUUCCAUUAUUUUCGAAUAUCAAAGGCCAGUUACAGCUAG